AUAGCUAGCUAGCAGAUAGGACACAAAGACAAAGGUAUCAUCAAAACCUAUGAUUUCAAAAUCCUCAUCUCUCUCUCUCUUCACAAAACUUGAGCUUCUAACUCUACUUAAUCAAACCUUAGAACUCUCAUCUCCAAGCUCCUAAAAGGAAAUCUUAUUUUCCAGCUUCCGAGUAAUUUGAAACUCGAGCUCAGCCAAAAAACAAGAAGUUUAGUGCUAGAAGAACGAGAUCGAGAUUAUUAAGAUUAUGAAUAGAGGAGUGCUACAAAGCGCACCGGUUCAACAAGUGAUGGCGGCCGGAAGCCCUAACUGGUGGAACAUCAAUAACAUGAGGCCGGUGCCUCAACCCCCUCAAGGUUCUGCUCCUUUUUUUUCUCCUCCUCAGUACGCGCCGCCUUGGCAGGAUAACAACCAGGAAGCUCCGGAGUCAUGGAGCCAGCUAGUCAUGGGAGGACUUGCGGAUGAAGAAGAGAAGUCCGGGGUGAGCCAUCUGCAGCAUGUGUUGAAAUUGGACAAGUGGGAAGAACAAUUGUUGCAGCAGCAUCAUCAACAGCAGCAGCAACAACAGCAACAGGCGGUUACAAUAGGUUCAAUUAGUUCUCUUCACGGCGAUAUUAAACGGGAGAACUCAUCAAACAGCUAUCAUAUGUUUGGAAGUGAAAAUAAUAUGAAUGCACAGUUUCAAGCAGCAAUUGAGCCUACUUGGCCUCAACUGAUGCCGGUUUCGUCUCCGAAAUCUUGUGUUACUAGCUUAGGCAGCAACAUGCUUGAUUUCUCUAAUAGUAAGGCUGAUGGAAGACAUCUUCAACCAGAUCGUUCCUCCGAGAGCCACAGCACAUCCAUAGGAGGGGCAGCAAAGAAAGCUAGAGUUCAACCUUCUUCUUCAGCAUCUCAGCCUACCUUCAAAGUGAGGAAGGAAAAGUUAGGAGACAGAAUUACCGCUCUUCACCAGAUGGUUUCCCCAUUCGGAAAGACUGACACAGCUUCAGUUUUGUUAGAAGCAAUUGGGUACAUAAGAUUCCUUCAGAGUCAAAUUGAGGCCCUUAGCUUGCCGUACCUGGGCAGUGGAUCAGGAACUAACAUGAGGCAGCAGCACCAACAUUCUGUUCAAGGGGAGAGGAAUUGUUUAUUUCCGGAUGACCCUGGUCAGCUGCUGAAUGAUAAUAACGGCCUCAAGAGGAAAACCGCUCCAGAUCAGAAACCAGAUGAAGAGACAAAGAAGGACCUAAAGAGCAGAGGGUUGUGCCUUGUUCCAGUAUCAUGCACACUCCAAGUCGAGAGUGACAAUGGAGCUGAUUAUUGGGGUCCUGCAGCUCUCGGAGGCGGCGGUUUCCAUUGAAUCAAGGCCAUGGCAGCCCUGCUAGGAAAAUCAACUAAGAAGCUAAAAUAUAGCCAGAGAUUGACGAUAUAACAUCACGAGCAGUCACUCUGCUGACAAUUUUAAGGCUGAUUGCUCAUGAUGCUAUGCCUGCAAUCUUUCAUGAAUAUCUCGUUGUUUAUUAAGUGUGUUAGUUGCUAUUUACUAUAUAUAUUUCCAGGCCCCUUGGAGCUCUCUAAUCAACUUUAGAUGAUCAAGCUUAAAUUCUUGAUUACAUGUAUCUAUAGUUUUAGAGGUACCUAUUCUUCAGCA